CAGGGAGGCGCUAGGGCUCUCGGAGCCGGCUCAGGCGGGCUGCAGAGGUGGCUAUCGCCGGCUCCGAGCUGCGGUGUCCCGGGUCGAGCCCCCAUGGAGGCCGAGGCCGCGGAUGCCCCUCCGGGCCGGGUGCAGGCGGCGCUCAGCUGCUUCUCUUUCAACCAAGAUUGCACGUCACUAGCGAUUGGAACCAAGGCCGGUUAUAAGCUGUUUUCUCUGAGUUCUGUGGAGCAACUGGACCAAGUCCAUGGAAGCAAUGAAAUCCCCGACGUGUACAUUGUGGAGCGCCUCUUCUCCAGCAGCCUAGUUGUAGUGGUCAGUCACACAAAGCCACGGCAGAUGAACGUGUACCACUUCAAGAAAGGCACUGAGAUCUGCAAUUAUAGCUACUCCAGCAACAUCUUGUCCAUAAGGCUGAACCGACAGCGGCUGCUGGUCUGCCUAGAGGAGUCCAUCUAUAUCCACAACAUUAAAGAUAUGAAGCUCUUGAAGACCCUCUUGGAUAUUCCCUCAAACCCAACAGGUCUAUGUGCCCUCUCUAUCAACCAUUCCAACUCCUACCUGGCAUAUCCUGGAAGCCUGACUUCAGGCGAGAUUGUGCUUUAUGAUGGAAACUCCCUGAAAGCAGUGUGCACCAUCGCUGCCCAUGAGGGAACGCUGGCCGCCAUCACCUUCAACUCCUCAGGCUCCAAACUAGCCAGUGCAUCCGAGAAAGGCACCGUCAUCCGGGUGUUCUCUGUGCCUGAAGGGCAAAAGCUCUAUGAGUUUCGGCGAGGAAUGAAAAGGUACGUGACCAUCAGCUCUCUAGUUUUCAGCAUGGACUCACAGUUCCUGUGUGCCUCCAGCAAUACGGAAACUGUGCACAUCUUCAAGCUGGAGCACCUCACUACCAGCCACCCAGAAGAGCCUUCCACGUGGAGUGGCUACAUGGGAAAGAUGUUCAUGGCCGCUACCAACUACCUCCCCGCCCAGGUGUCGGACAUGAUGAAUCAGGACAGAGCUUUCGCCACUGGACGCUUGAGCUUCUCCGGGCAGAAGAACAUCUGCACACUCUCCACGAUCCAGAAAUUGCCACGGCUGCUAGUAGCCUCCUCUGAUGGACACCUUUACAUCUACAAUCUGGACCCACAGGAUGGAGGCGAAUGUGUCUUAAUCAAAACCCACAGCUUGCUUGGCUCCGGAACAACAGAAGAGAACAAAGAAAACGACCUCGGACCCUCCAUACCUCAGUCUUACGCAGCAACUGUAGCAAGGCCCAGCACAUCUGUGGCAUCCACUGUGCCGGGUUACUCUGAGGACGGCGGGGCGCUCCGAGGAGAGGUGAUUCCGGAACACGAGUUUGCCACGGGACCAGUGUGUCUUGACGACGAGAAUGAGUUUCCCCCUAUAAUCUUAUGCCGUGGAAGUCAGAAGGGCAAAUCGAAGCAGUCCUGACCAGAAGCGCACCUCAGAAAUCAGGACAUCCCCUGUCAGGUGGUUUUGGAGAAAACAAGGUGGAAGACCGGAAUGCAAAUGUGAGCAGAGAGGGAGGCAGGAACCCCACCUUAGGGCGCCUCGCCGCCUGAGCCACAGGAUGGGGUUACCCUCUCACCAGCCCCCUCAGCCUUGGCUGCCAAUGGGUGAGGACAUCGCCUUCAAACCACAGUGUAAAUGCUAACUAACCAUAUUGGUAUAUAACCGGGAUUUUAUAUUAAAAGGGGCGUCCUUGUCAGAUGUAUGUGUGUAAAAAUGUUCUUAUCUGGAAACCUCUUGGAACUGUAUUUCUUGUAUAUUACAAACAUGUAGAGAGAGACUAUUUUAGCCAGGCAAAGUAUUUUUGCAGUGAUUAGAAUAAAUCAUUUAUUACCUUUGGAGUCCCAUUCAGGACACUAAUUAAAUAAAAUUAU